AUGAUAAUCGAUGAUAUUAUUUAUGUCGGUCUGUUACUUGGACUUAUAGGAUUUGGUAAUUAUUUUCGUACUAUAAAAAAUCCAUUCAAUAAACAAUGGGUGAGUACUGGAGUUGGAUUUUUUGUAUCACUCAUAGUUUCUGGAUGGGAUAUUCUUCACCCGAUAGCUAUGACUAUCGUAUGUGCUGUGAUUCUUUCGCAAUUAGCUCCUAGGAUUAGACAUACGGCAUCGUUUUUCUUUUCAUUUUUUUAUCUCUUGAUAAUAUCAAGAUUAACUCACUUAUUUGGACUACCGGAGAUUUCGACACACACUAAUUUAAUACUCAUGUUGAUGACGUUGAAGUAUGGAGGUAUGGGCUUUGAAUUGAAUUCAGCGCUGGAAGAUUUUAAAAACAAUCCAGAUGUCCAAUGCUACAAAGCUAUGAAAAAUAUUACCUUUUUAGAUGUUGUUCAUUAUGGCUGGAGUUAUAUGGGUAUUUUAACAGGUCCUUUUUAUAGAUACAGGACGUACUGGGAUUGUAUAAAUAGAAAGUUUUCUGACUAUAUUGAAUGUUGGGAACCAACAUUGUACAAAAUAAAAUUAAUAGGUGUAUCAGCUGUAUUAUUUUUAUUCACCAGUAAUAUAUGGCCCAAUUUUUAUGUAUUAACAGAAGAAUUUCAACAAAGGUCAUUUUGGUACCGACUAUCCUUCAUUAUUCCAGCAUUUUUAACUUUCCGUACAAGAUUGUAUGUAGGAAUGAUGUUUUCUGAGUGUGUGUGUCAGAUGGCUGGUUUAGGAGUCUAUCCUAUUUGUUCACAACCUCAACCUGGUCUCGGUCCGAAGGACUACAAAGCAGCUGAGCAAAUCGCCUUGAAUCCAGAGAAAAUAAAAGAUGAAAAAAUGGACUUUGAGACAGUGUUUAACAUUGAUUGGUGGGGUGUUGAAAAAAGUUAUCUUGUAAGAACGGCCAUGAAGCGUUGGAAUAUUACUGUUCAGUAUUGGAUGGCUACAUAUGUAUACAAAGUAUUUCCAUGGAAAAAUUUACGAAUACCGGCGACAUUCUUCGUUUCAACAAUUUGGCACGGAUAUGCGUUUGGGUAUUAUGUCGGAAUAUUUUCUGUUAUUACGUACCUUCCCCUUGAAGAUUUGUAUGUUAAAUUUUACAAUCAAGCUGAGGAAGGCAGCUCGGCAAGAACAAGAUGGUGGUGUCUGAUGUGGUUUAUGAGAUUCUUCUGCAUGGCUUACCUCUCGUUUGGCUUCCAAUUGCUCACUUUUGAGAAUAAUUAUAUUUAUUACAAGAGCAUUUACCUAGUCGGACAUAUUAUUGGUAUUAUAAUGUACAUAAUUGGACGCACGUUGAAGCCUUAUUUGAUUACUAAAACUAAUGAUCAAAAGCUAUAA